AUCUACAUCAGAUUUCGCAACAGGAGCAAGAAUGACGUGCCUGCUGUUUAUUACUUUGGCCCUGUAUGUUGCCUAUGCCGCUGGCCAGACAUGCAUUCAUGAAGGAGUGGAAUACAACCAAGGUGACAGGGUGCCAGUAGACAGCUGUAACACCUGUAUCUGCAGUGGACCUGGGAUUAUGUGCACCUUAAUGGCAUGUCCAGAACAUCAGCCUGGCUGCUACUUGGAUGGGACGUUCUACCAAACGGGAGAUUCUAUGCCUUCACCUGAUUGUAACAGAUGUUUCUGUGCUGGCACAGUUCGUGCGUGUACUAGGAUGGCGUGUCCAGAAAAUGUUGUCAUCUAGUCAAGACCUCAAGCCUACGUGGAUCCUGUUCAAGAUUUCAAGAAGUUUUUCUAACGCUGUUACUGGACAGAUAAUUAAAGAAAUAUAUCAAUGACAAAUCUUCAAUAUUAAACUUUGAAUUCCUGAAAUCGUA